AACCUGGACUAGCGAGACCGUGGAGCGAGGACCACCACGCGUGGUAGGAGGGGCACAGAGAGGGGAAAGUGGCGGAGAAGAGCAGCCAAAUUCCUUCCCGUCCCUCGGCCGCCCGCUCUCCUUUCUUUUGCCUCCUCCUCCUCCUCCUCCCCGGGCGUCACGUGCGAACGCGCUCUCUCUUUCCCGCUCCCUCGCUCGCUCUCGGCUUCCUGCUCUCUCGGAGGCGAUCCGGAGCCAGGCACUCGGCACAAAAAGCCGCCAGCUUCUCCCCCUCUAGCUCAGCCUCUCCCGCUGACAUCACUCGGCGGGGAGGAGGAGGAGGAGGAGGAGGAAGGGUGGGGUGAGCGGGAGAAGAGCCUGGGAGAGAGCCGAAGCCGCCUGCCCGCCCUCCGCCUGGGCAGCCGCGACGCCCAGCUCGAGGGUCGCCCGUCCCGUCCCAGCAGGCGAAGCCAGGACGCCCUUCGUCCGCUAGGCCGGCAGCGCCGGAGGUGCCUGUGUCCUUCUGCCUUUCCAUCCGUCGCUCUGCCGCGGAGAUGGCGGAGUACAGCAGCCUGCUGGAGGAGCUGGCUGAGAACAUCACCAACGAAGACCUGGACCAGCUGAAGUCGGCCUGCAAGGAGGACAUCCCCAGCGAGAGGCAUGAAGAAAUCGCCACCGGCAAGGACUGGUUCGGCUUUCUGGAGAAGCACAACAAACUGGACAAAGACAACCUCUCUUACAUCGAGCACAUCUUCGAGAUCUCCCGCCGGCCGGACCUGCUGACCAGGGUGGUGGAGUACCGCACACAAGUGCUGAAGAUCUCGGAGGAGGACGAGGUGGACACCAAACUGACCCGCAUCCCCAGUGCCAAAAAGUACAAAGACAUCAUUCGACAGCCCUCGGAGGAAGAGAUCAUCAAACUGGCCCCCCCACCCAAAAAGGCCUGAACCCAGUCUGUGUGUGUGUGUGUGUGUGUGUGUGUGUGUGUGUGCGCGCACGCGUGGAGGGGCCCAGCUCUAAGGAUCACUGCCACCCCCCCUCCACUGCCCUGGCUCAGACACUUUGCGGCUCCCCCAUUGCUCCCCUCUGCUUACGCCCUUCUCUGCCUUCUCCCAGCCGGGUGGGGAAAGGGAGAUGGGGGGGUCCACUCCUCCCCCUCCCCAUGUUUCUCACCUUGGUUGCUGGCUGAUAAAUGUUUUAGGAGGCUGCUGAGGCUGUUUGAGGAGGGGGGCUGGAAGGGCUGCCCCCACUGCUGCUGCUGCUCCCCCACUGCAUCCCGCUGGGCAAGAGAUGACCCACAGGUGGAUCAGGGGCCAAUUUUGCAAGGAAUGAGGAAGUGGGAGAGAGAGAGAGAAGUAGUUGAAAGGAGGGAGGGAGGGGAGAGAGCAAGUAGGUGGCCCUGGGAUCCUGCCAGAGGAAUGCCCAACAAUUGCCACCCUCCUUGAGCACCCUCCCCCCGCCCUCUGCCCCAUGAGCCUGCAAGAGGUGGGAGGCAAGGGGGCAGGAGGAGCAGAAGGGGGGAGCGGGUUGCCACCAUCCCUUGCCAGGGACCUUGGGAUUUUCUGCAGCUGCCCUAGAGACUCUCUGCUCUCCCCACCACCCUUUGCCCAGUUCCCCCUAGUAGUCAGUGAUGGCUGCAGCUGCUUAGCAGGGCUUGGACCUAGAGAGGCGGAGGGUUGUGGAGCCCCCUGGUAACCCAGGCACAGAGCCCUCCUUUUCUGGGGGAGGGCAGGGGAAGGGUGUGGGCUCAGGCAGCUCUUCCGGGGUCCACUGGGCUGCAGAAGAAUGGCGGGGAAGCGAAGGACCAAGUGAUCAGGAGAUGGACCAGGAAGAGAGGUCAGAUGGGGGCGUCAGCUCCUUCCCAGCUGGACCAGAGCCCCCCAGAGCAGAGCAGGACCAGGAGCACCAGAGCACCCACCGCCACAGACCCUGCCCUGCCCCCCUGCCUGUCCACAAGGUGCCUUCCCUGGGUUUCCCACCCCGGUGGCCUCUCCAGGCAUUUCCAUGGGUGCCUCCUUUUCUACUCCCUUCCUGCGCCUCGGGGGGGGGGGGGGCAGAGGGUGAGGGUCAGUUGCCCAUUUGCCCACGCUUGCACCCACGGCUGAAGCCAGGUGGCUGGUGCUCAUUGAGGCCCUGCCUUGCCCUAUAUAUGGGGUGUUGGGGGAAGGAGCAGCCCCCUCCCAGACCCGUCCUACCCAAGUUCCUGCCCCCCUUGAAACCAGCCCUCACCCACUGGGUGCUGGAGCCACUAAUUCCACUCCCCACAGGGUGCAGAAGGGAGCCUGGCCGACUUCCUUCCUGCCCCAGACUGACCUCCAGCAGUUGGUUUGGGUUGGGGGUCAGGACCACAGGGCCCCGCUGCCACCGCAUAGGGCUUGCAAAUGUGGGUGCCCGCCAGUGGCUCUUGCAGCUGCCUCUGCUCAGGAAAAGACCAAGCAGCUCGGCCUCACCAGGGCACCUUCCUCGCCUGGCCUCCUGGCAGCCAUUGAGGAUGAAACCAGAGGCAGGGUGGAGGCUGUGGGGUGCCAGAAGCAGGCCGGGGCCUCUGGUUCAUCCGGCAUAGGAGAGCUCCCAGCGCCUGGCCUGGCCUGCGCGGAACUCCAGGGGUCUUCAGGAAACGGCCAAGUCACUUCUCUGGCGCUGGAAUGCGAAGUGUUUCUGUUGAAUAUACUUUUGUUUAGCCCUGCCAUCCUGCGCUCGAGCCCCUUCAAGUGGCAUAACCUUUCCCGACACUCGUGUUGUGCUCGUUGUGUGCAUAGAAACAGCUGGGCUAGAACUGUGUUUUUAACAUGGUGUCCCCUCAAAGCCACCCCCGUGUCUCCCGCUGGCCCUUCCCCCUUCUGUCCGUCACGUGCAGCCCAGGUGCUGGCCUUACGGGCCGGGCGCUCUGGCUCCGUGGGGUGCCAGGGUCACGUGCAGCACCACAAUUCUUGGAAAGAGUUGGCAGAAAGAACAGGGGCCCUUCCGAGAUGGGGGAAGAGGACUGAAUUCUCGGGCUCCCCGCCGUCUGCUUUUACGCAUUUUGGGUCAGGCGAGCGUCUGCAAGAGACAAAAGAUGCAGGAAGCUCUGGCAGAGCAGCCCCCCCCCCAAGGCCCCUGAACCCCCCAUGGCUCCAGGCCAAGCCUCCCCACCGAGGCCUCUGCCCCACCUGAGAGGCAGCCAUGGUGCCCAGGAGCAGGCUCCGCCUGCAAAGUCAGCACUGCUCCUGCCACCCAGGACCAACACGGAGGGCUCCUCUUUGCCUGAACUGGCCUUAAAUUAGCAUGUUUCUCUUCCAGUGUUUACAGCUGAACAGUUGGUGCUGAUCUCACUGCAAAUUAGCACCAAGUAAAAAUAGUAUUGGGGGGGCGGGGGGGGCAGGCGUGAGGGGAGGUGUAGAAUUCAGAGCGAGCGAAUGUCUCAAAAUGAAAUGAAGCACAAAGCAGCUGAAAAACAACUUGCUUAAAGCGGCCCUGCUCUUCUGGGCUGGGUGGCCCCUGCAGAGGCUUUCCAAGGGGCCCUUGUCCUGACAGAGGGCUCUGGGAGACUAGAGGGGGGGCAGAGCGGAUGGGCCCUCCUCUGGGGCGACAGGGUAGCUUCAUGAUGCCCCCGGCAGCGGAGAUGGGGGGUCUCCCAGGACCCUGCAGCUCCAAGGAGCGACAGAAGGCACAAAUCCUGUCCCUUGCGGCCAGCGCCCCCCCCUUUCCUCCCAAUGUCCCUGACUCUGAUGCUCAGACCGUGCUAACUGUGUGUACAUAUAUAUUAUAAAUAUAUGUAUAUUAAAUAUAA